AUGCAAAGGAUAAUGAAGAAAAAUAAGAAAUUAAAACCGUUAAGAAAGAAAUCUUUUUUUGAUUUACAAAGAAUAAUCAGUAGACUGUUUUUGAGUCUAAUGAUAAUGCAAAGUAUUCUUGCAAGAAUCGAUAUGGAAGAUAUAAAAACAAUCAGUGAGACUUUAGUUGGCGAGAAGCAAGAUGUGGUUAUUAACCCAAAGGGACCAUUGAAUCUGCUGCGUGGAUACAUUGGAAGCCGGAAUGGAUACAUGUACAACAAACGGUUUUUUUCUUCUGAAAUAGACACAGACUAUGCAUUGACCAAGACGGAAGUAUCCAUUAUGUUUGGACAAGAGUACGACUUUACAAGAACACCAGUGAAUGACAGCGUAUACAAAGAUGUGGUUACAGAAGUUCCAAAUGGAAAGUAUCUUAGCUCUUAUCACGUACAGCUGAUAAAGAUGUUUCCAUCAAUUGAGGAAGAACUUUCAAUUGAAGCAGGAAGGUCGAAUGCACUUACAAACUUCCUAAGAGCAGAUCAUGUUAAAAAGGAUGCAAAGUACAUACUUGCUGCGCUGCUGCUGCUCUCAGAAGGUGUUGACAUUAAAAUAAAUGUAGACUACAAAGGAGAGAAAAAUAAUCUUGUCAUAAAAAGUAAGACAUGCAAGGAAAAAGUAUUUGUGGAUGUAGAAAUGCAUAUGGAAGGAAUAGAUCCAUUUACUAGGAAGUACAAAGAGGAUAUCUACCAAAGUGAGACAGCUGGAAUUGUCAAGUUCUAUAUACGGUGCAGAGACAAUCCGCUACUAAAGAAAGGAGGAAAAUUUGCAAUGCCUUCCACUAUAGAAGAGUUUGAAAGUGGCUUAUUUCUGAAUAAUGCAGCCUUCCUCAUACAGACAUACAUAUACGAGUUCAUUGACACAGCAGAGAGUUACAAGGACUUUGUGAAUGCAGCGCAUGAAUUGCUGGUUGAUCAAGUAGCUGAAAAGGAGAACCCAGAGCAGACUAAGAAGAAGAGCAAGAAGGGCAGAAUAUUUGAUGAGCUUUUCGUUGCAAAAGAUACACUUAGUGAAAACAAAAAAUAUAUUGAAUCGUUCUGUGACCUUGUAAAAGCUACAAAUGAGAAUGCUAAAUUUCCCUUCUGCAAUGAUAGUCAGUUGCCGCGGUUUACUAGAGUGCCGCGUUGUAAACUAGACAAGUCUGGCUUUGAGCAAAAUCAAUCCUUGUACUAUAGUGACUGCGUAGAGUCAGCCCUUCUUGGAAUGUUCUGCUGCCUGGCAUAUAAUCCAGAGACAAGGAAGUAUGAAACUAGCCAUAUGGGAGGAAAAAUAAGUGAUGAGCUGAAAAACUUCUUUAAAAAAUAUCCUAAGCCAACAGAGGCCACUAGCAUUGAAAUGCACAAGCAAUGGAGUAAAGUUGUUGCUUGCUUAAAGAACGACAAGAUUGAGUACAAGAAAGAGAAAAAUGAACUUAUAGCUGGGGUUGGAAAUAUACUUCUUGCUAUUUCAGAAAUAACAGGACAGAAGAAAGAAAUACUAAAGCUAGUUGAGAGUAUAAAAGCUGCAUGUAAAGCAGGAAAAUUAGAUCAUAAGAAGGAAGUUUAUAUUGCAGAUAAGAUAGAAUCAAUUAUUAAGUCUUUGUCACUGAAUAAGCAUGUGGAAGUAGAUUGUAACAGAAUGCGGCUUGGAAAGAGGUCAAGUGGAAAGGCAGAUAUUUUAGCUGAGAUUAACAUUACUUACACUUUCGAUGGAGCAUCUAAUGGAAUUUCUUUGGAUAUAAAACAAGGGCACGCCGAACUUUCUCUUAUUUCAUCUUUAAAUUCUAAUCCUGCACAAAUUAAAGAAGAGUAUGAAGAAGUAAAAAAUAUUUACAGUGGCAUAGACUGCUAUAUAGGAUACAUUGUGGAUCAGUACGUUAGUGCAGAGUUAAGUGUUUUAUAUUUUUGCAAUUCAGCCUAUAUAGAUAAUCGUAAAAAAAGCUUAAACUUGAUUAUACAGGGAGAAUCUGAGGGCAUAUAUAAAAUAUUCCUAUUAGGAAAGAUGUCUAGUUCUUAUAGUAAGAGACAGAUUAUAAGGAGUUUUAUAAACAGUACGAUAGAUAAGGAAGUAAGCCCAACAAACCGUUUAACACGGUUUACAGCAAACCUUUUAGGAAGUGUUCCGCUCAAUGACGCUAACACAAGACUUAUGAUGCUAGCAAACUUCCCGUUUCAUGCAAGCUGGCAGGAAUUCUAUCCAAGGCUUGGAUUUAAGCCAUCUGAGAAUAUUCCAAAAGAAGAUUGUAUUUGGAAUGGAAUAGCAACAAUGAACUUAUACAUUACUCUACUAGAUUUUAGAAUGCCUAAAGCCUCAACGGUCAUAUGCAACUAUAUUAGAUCAACUUCGGAUAACGCAAGGAUGGAGUAUUCAGGACUAGAUUGUAUACGUUCAAAACGUCUAUUUAAUUAUAUUCUGUCCAAUGGAACAAUAGAAGACUUGGUGAAAAUUCAAUCCACUUUGAAAGAAUCUAUAGAAGAUUGUAAUUUAAACCAUGUAUAUAUUUCCUGGCUUAUCUAUAUGUGCUCAGGUGAUUGUGGGUUUACAACAGAAUUUAUUAAGACAGUUUAUGACUUUAUAGUCUUUGAUAGCCCUCCAGACAUAAAUGACUUUAAAAACAUUGGAGGAACAAUGGAUGAUUUUAAAGAGUAUAUAAGUGUUUUAAAAGAAAAGAAAGCUCUUCUAUGCUCAGAGGAUGACAUAAAAAGUAUAGAAAAAUAUAAUAUACUUGUAUCGGACCUUGUAAAAGGAAGCAUUAAUGAUAUGACAUUCACUAUAAAUCCAAGGUUUAAGAGAAAUGAAAGAACAUAG